AUGUCAUCGUAUCAUGAAGAACACAACACAAGCCCUCAUACACAAUCCAAUCCCCAGGGUAGAAGGGAAAUAAGAUCAGAAUUUCGGAAUCUAUAUGAACAAUUGACCCCGACGGAUCCAACUCUGAUCUCUUUACUAGCGUCAUUACUACCACCCGAACUUCAAGAAGAGUGGGGGAAAAAAUCCAAUGAAGGGUGUUCUCAAGCCUUCAUCGAUUCAUUACCAAGAGUCCCGAAGGACAAAAUCCCCAAUGACCUAUGUAGUAUAUGUUUCGAGAAUUUCAGAGAGGACGAAUAUCCACUAGUGAUUGAACUCCCUCACUGCAGCCACAAGUUUGACUUGCAAUGUAUUUCAGUUUGGUUGAGCUCCAAUUCGACCUGUCCAGUUUGUAGAGACAAGGUGAAUCAUAACGCCAAGCUAGACAUCGAUACUACAGAAGCUGAAUUAGAAGAGGACUGGGGCAUGUACGGGUAA